AUGGGUUCUAAGCGUCUCGUUUUUUUGCUGCUCUUAUUUUUUGUUUCCAUUGUUUCUCCCGCUUGCACCACAUUUAGUACCACAUGCGACUAUCAAACCGCAUGUGCAUGCCCUAAGAGCAAUCCCCAGGGCACAUACUGUGGUAGUGACAUUGGAUGUGAUCAUACUCAUGUUUAUGAAUGUAAUCCUAACGGUGGAGAAUGUACAACUUGUGAUUAUGGUCUUCGUUUUUCCUGCGCGAAUUGCGGAAAAUUAGCUUGUCCAAAAGCUCCACCACCACCUCCACCACAAAAACAACCAAAUGAACCAGUAAAACAGCCAACAAAGACACCAGAAACCAAACCGCCAAGCCUUCCUCCAGCUGUUUGUAGUAACCCUAUAACGCGAAAUUUUGUUACGGAUUUCUGUAUUUUUGUUGGUACGCAGACAAUGGUAUUAGUUACAACAGGUUGGACGAUUGGUGAAAUUACUGCAACUUGCGUUGCGGUAGCAGCUCCAUUUGCAUUAGAAACUUUAGGUGGAUCUGAGAGUAUAUGUCUUCUUGUAGUCUUUCUUGCAACUGAAGCAGUAGCUGCAGGUCUUGUAGAUCCAGCAUGUAAUAAUAUUUGCUAA